UUCAGAUGGGCCUGUGUGAGUGCGCUGCGCGUUCUCGCAGUCAGCGUGAACGAGCCUGCAUCGUCCGUGACGAUCCUCUCUCAUCUUUCAUCUUUCUCUCAGUGCCAGAAACAGAAGGAUCAAAACAGACGGAGAUAAGAUGUCAGGAAUGACCCAAGUGGUUGCAGCAUGCUGGACCUGCCUCCUGCUCUCUGCUUUCCUGUGCGAGCCGGUGCUGUCCAAGGGUGGUCGUGGAGGGUCUCGGGGCUCCUCUCGAGGCUCCCACUCCGGCCGUUCCACGGCGGGGAGUUACCGGGGAGGAGGCGCCUACGGUGGGACCCGCUCUCGCGCCAGGGCGGUGGGGCGGUCGUCCCCGGUGAGGGUGGCGGCCGCAGCAGCAGCUGGGGCAGCGGUGGCUUUAACGGCGGAUAAAUGGUACGCCUCGGCCUACCGCCGCAGCAACGCCGACAUCUCAGACGAAGACCCGGAUUACUACAACAGGACCAAUUACUUUGAUGCACUAAUGUCAGGCUCAACUCAAAACGAUUCUUCUCUCUCUCAACUGAUUUCUAUCAUUAUUGCAACACUUUGCCCAAAAUAUGGACUCUUAAUGGACAGUAUACUGUAGAUGUCCAGCUUAUUCUUUUAGGAUAAAUUCCUGAUCCACUGUAGGAUUGAGCUUCUGACCUGGAUCUGACUACAAUGUGCUGGACUGGCUGGAACUAUGCACCAGGAAGACUAGUUAGAGGCGCAACACAGUGGUGGAAGGACACAAUUACAAAAAAAAAAUCACUGUACUGUAUGUUUUUACACAUAUAAUCAUCUAUACCAAUGGACAAAUGUACAUUAACCAACACAGUAUUCAAUGCGACAUUUCACCUCUAAACGAGUAGGCCUUUAUCAAAUCUGUGUUAGACAGAAACUGGGGCCAAACUCCAGACUAAUUAGUUUACUUCCUUAAAGCUUGAUUCCUUGAUCUAAUUGUGAAAAUGAUUUAACAGAAAAUAAAAAAAAAAUAAAACCACAGGCUGCCAAUUUUAAUAGUACAGCCAAACUCAAAUGUAUCGUAAAAAUCUUUAUUUUCA